AUGGCAACUUCUCCGCCAAUGGAUCUUGAUAACCCAUUCCAACGAGACAAGCUUCUCCAGCUCCGCACGAGCAAAAUGCAGAAAAUGCACAACUUAUCCAUCUUAACGGGAAUCUAUAAGCAGCCCCGCGCGUCCCGCGUCUUCUGCAGCUUCACCGGCCUCGAAAGCGACGAGCACGACUUAACCUUCCAUGGCGGUUUGGAUAAAGCCGUCCAUCAAUAUUAUCCAGGUCAUUACCCCCUCUGGCGCUCCGAACUCCCUGACAGCAAUGGCAGUUUCGACAUCGGUGGCUUCGGAGAGAAUCUCGUGAGUGACAACAUGAAUGAGCGGAAUGUAUGUAUCGGAGAUGUCAUCAGUAUUGGAGAUGUGGUAUUACAGGUUAGUCUACCGAGACAACCAUGCUUUAAACUGAACCAUCGAUUUGGGUUGAAGGGUUUUGCGCCGCAGACGUGGAAGAAGAGUCGCACGGGGUGGUAUUACCGCGUGUUGAAGGAGGGGUGGAUGGGUGUUGGUGAUGAUAUUAUCCUCGUCGAGAGGAAACAUCCCUCGUGGACUAUCGAGCGGGUGCAGGAGUACUUGCAUCGGGAUAAGCAGAAUAUGCCUAUGUUGGAACAGUUAGUUCAAAUCGAUGAGUUUGGGAAUGAGUGCAAAAAGGCGUUCAGGCGUUUACUUGCCGCUGCCAAAGCGCAACACGAGGGUGCAACAAAGGUGCCCGAGGUAUGGCAAGAAUUCGUCGUCAUCGAGAAGAAAAGACAGACACCGCGUAUCGUCUCCUUCCUCCUCGAAGCCGCCGUCAAGGGAAGCAGCCCAGGUAACGAUCUCGACCCAGGCAGUUUUGUUCGUGUCAAGCUUCCCAACGGCCUCAUCCGCUCAUACUCCAUCGUUAACGGCACCACGCACCGCAUCCAACUCGGUGUCGCUCUCGCCGCUACAGGCUCCAGCCGCGGCGGCUCGGAAUACAUGCACUCAAGUCUACAAGAAGGCGCCACGAUCCUCUGCGGCAAGGUCACAAAAAGCGUUCCCAUCCGCGAGCAAGCCUCAAAUCAUAUCUUCAUCGCGGGCGGCAUUGGCAUAACUGCCUUCCUCGCGCAAACCGCUAUAUAUACCAAGAUUAAUUUCAAUUAUGUACUGCACUACGCCGUUCGCUCUGCGUCUGAUAUCCCGUUCCGACCUCUCAUCGAGGAAAUGGGUAGCAAGGUAGUGGUGUAUGAUCAGAGCCAGGGGCAGCGUAUGGAUAUCAGCGCAAUCCUCCAAAACCGCAUUUGGAAUUCAUAUAUAUAUGUCUGUGGACCUCCCCGCAUGAUCGACGCCGUACAGCGCGCAGCUGCUGCACACAAUAUCGGCGACGACGAGAUCCAUUAUGAAGCGUUCCAAGCCGAGAGGGGCGGCGAUCCAUUUACCGUGCAGGUUCGCGGGCAUGAAGAUAAGAUAAUGGAUGUCGGGCCUGACGAGAGCCUGUUGGAGGUAUUGAGGAGGGAGGGCUGGAGUGUGGAGAGCAGUUGUGAGGUGGGAAAUUGUGGAACUUGUCAAGUUAGUGUUUGCGAGGGGACGGUGGAGCAUAGGGGCGUUCCGCUAUGUGAGCAUAGAGAGGGGAACAAGGCGAUGUUGAGUUGUGUUUCGAGAGGCUUGGGUCAUCUGGUUGUCGGGUUUUAA